UUAUGCUAAAUGAUAUUGAUUGCAUCUCACGACUCCAAUAUUGCUCGGCAUAUCGGCUUUACGCAUUACCGAUUGACAUAGGCUCGUUUUGGUAUCUUUACAAGACCUAUGCCAAGAAUUUCCGCCAUCACCCCUAUCUGCAUCCGAACGCAAGAUUUUUGACCACAUUCAACCACCAACUAUAUAUAGUUGUUCCGAUUGACCCGAAGAGUCACAGUUCAGCGUCGCCUUUCAGUUCAACACACGGCUCGAUCCAAAACCCAGUCACAAUGAAGAUCAUCGUCGUAGCUUUGGCCCUGAUGUCCAUGGUGGCUGCCCAGGAGCUCUACACCACCAAGUUCGACAACAUCGACGUGGAUGAGAUCCUGAAGUCGGAUCGGUUGUUCAAAAAUUACUUCCAGUGCCUGUUGGACGAAGGUCGCUGUACACCGGAGGGAAACGAGCUGAAACGGUUGCUGCCGGAUGCCCUGGAGACGGCCUGUUCCAAGUGUAGCGAGAAGCAGCGAAGUGCGGGGGUCAGAGCCGUGAAGUAUCUGAGUGAGAAUAGGCCGAUUGAGUUUAAGGCUCUGCGAGCCAAGUUCGAUCCGGCAAACAAGUACGUCGAUCAGUACGUCCGGGAUGCUGAGAAGGAGGGGAUUACAUUGAAUAUUUGAAUUUCGGAGAGUAUUGUGGCAACGUGUUGACUGGUGAUGAAUUGUUUACAUGAUAUUUAUUGAAAUGAUUUGGAACUAAUAAAUUGUCGUCUUGGCUGAAUUAAAGGUGUUCAAUUUGGUGCAGACUAUUGA